UCCUCUUCCCGAGCGGCACCGGCGACGAGCCCUGCGUGGCCAUGGGGCCCGGCGAGAGUGCGGCCGGCUUCGGGGCGCUGCUCUUGCCGCCGCCGCAUCCCGUGGCCUCCUCAGGGCUUCCUUCCCCGGGCGGCGGCGGCGGCGGAGGGUGCCGGGGUCGCUACCAGCUGCUCCUGUCCGGCCGGGCCUUGGCCGAGCGCUACCGGAGGAUUUACACCGCGGCGGCGCUGAGCGAGCGGGACCAGGCCGGUCACCCGGGCAGAUGUAAAAAAAUGUUAAAUAAGAAGAAAUUAAAAAGAAAGCAAAAGAAUAAAUUGAAAAUGAAAACAAGAAGCAAGAGUGACAACCUGGAUAGCAUGGUCACCAUACCUGAUAUCAAACUACACAGUAACCCCUCAGCAUUCAACGUCUACUGCAAUGUGCGGCACUGUGUUCUAGAGUGGCAAAAAAGGGAAACCUCUUUAGCGUUGGCUUCCAAAAAUACUGUGCAGAGUGGCGAUUCAGAUAGUGAUGAAGAGGAGGAGACAAAAGAGCCUCCUAUCAAGCUCCCAAAGAUCAUUGAAGUUGGACUGUGUGAAGUUUUUGAACUUAUCAAGGAGACAAGGUUUUCUCAUCCUUCUCUCUGUCUGAGAAGCCUGCAAGCUCUUCUUAAUGUGCUUCAGGGCCAGCAACCGGAAGGUCUUCAGUCAGAACCUCCUGAAGUUCUUGAGUCUCUGUUCCAGCUUCUUCUAGAAAUAACUGUUCGGAGUACUGGAAUGAAUGACAGCACGGGCCAGACUCUGACAGCCCUUUCGUGCGCUUGCCUCUUCAGUCUGGUAGCUGCAUGGGGAGAAACGGGAAGGACGCUUCAAGCAAUCUCUGCUAUUCUCACUAACAACGGAAGCCAUGCUUGUCAAACUAUCCAGGUGCCAACUAUCUUAAAUUCACUCCAGAGGAGCGUGCAGGCAGUUUUGGUGGGCAAAAUACAAAUUCAGGAUUGGUUUAGCAAUGGAAUUAAGAAAGCAGCCCUAAUGCACAAGUGGUCAUUUAAGGAGAUUUCUGUGGAUGAAGAUGACCAAUGUCUCCUUCAGAGUGAUGGUUACUUCCUGUAUUUAUUAUGCAAAGACGGUCUUUACAAAAUCGGUUCUGGAUACAGUGGAACAGUCAGGGGUCAUAUAUACAACUCUACAUCUCGCAUCAAAAACAGAAAAGAGAAAAAGUCUUGGUUGGGUUAUGCUCAGGGUUACUUGUUAUAUAGAGAUGUGAACAAUCACAGCAUGACGGCCAUAAGAAUAAAUCCUGAAUCCUUGGAGCAAGACGGCACAGUAACUUUGCCAGAUUGCCAGACUGAGGGGCAGAACAUCCUUUUCACUGACGGAGAAUAUAUUAAUCAGAUAGCGGCUUCUCGAGACGAUGGCUUUGUUGUUCGAAUAUUUGCGACGAGUACAGAACCUGUACUACAGCAAGAACUGCAGCUCAAGCUUGCCAGAAAAUGUUUACAUGCAUGUGGCAUCUCGUUAUUUGAUCUGGAGAAAGACCUGCACAUUAUCAGUACAGGGUUUGAUGAGGAGUCAGCUAUUCUGGGUGCAGGAAGAGAAUUUGCACUAAUGAAAACGGCUAGUGGAAAGAUCUAUUAUACUGGGAAAUAUCAGAGCCUUGGGAUCAAACAAGGUGGUCCUUCUGCUGGAAAAUGGGUAGAGUUGCCAAUUACCAAAUCUCCAAAGAUUGUUCAGUUUUCCGUUGGGCAUGAUGGUUCACAUGCCUUGCUUGUUGCAGAAGAUGGAAGUGUAUUUUUCACAGGCUCUGCAAGUAAAGGGGAGGAUGGCGAAUCAACCAAAAGCAGACGGCAAUCUAAGCCAUACAAGCCCAAAAAAAUAAUCAAAAUGGAAGGAAAGAUUGUGGUGUAUACUGCGUGCAAUAAUGGGAGUAGUUCUGUCAUUUCAAAAGAUGGAGAACUCUACAUGUUUGGAAAGGAUGCUAUUUAUUCUGACAGCACAAGUUUAGUGACUGAUUUGAAAGGCCAUUUUGCAACUCAGGUAGCCAUGGGCAAAGCUCAUACUUGUGUACUAAUGAAGAAUGGAGAAGUGUGGACAUUUGGAGUGAAUAACAAAGGGCAAUGCGGACGAGACACUGGUUCCAUGAGCCAGGGAGGGAAAGGCUUUGGCGUAGAGAACAUGGCAACAGCGAUGGAUGAAGAUUUAGAAGAGGAGCUAGAUGAAAAAGAUGAGAAGUCCAUGAUGUGUCCGCCGGGCAUGCAUAAGUGGAAGCUGGAGCAGUGUAUGGUAUGCACUGUUUGCGGGGACUGCACAGGCUAUGGAGCCAGUUGCGUUAGCAGUGGGCGUCCUGACAGAGUCCCUGGAGGAAUCUGUGGGUGUGGCUCUGGAGAGUCUGGCUGUGCAGUGUGCGGGUGCUGCAAAGCCUGUGCUAGAGAACUUGAUGGCCAGGAAGCCAGGCAAAGAGGAAUCCUGGAUGCUGUGAAGGAGAUGAUCCCACUGGACCUUCUGCUGGCUGUCCCUGUACCUCGAGUUAAUAUUGAGGAACACCUCCAGUUUUGUCAAGAAGAGAAGCGACAGCGAGUGAAUAGGAGACACAGGUUGGAAGAAGGGAGAGGCCCCCUUGUAUUUCCUGGUCCCAUUUUUAUGAACCACCGAGAGCAGUCCCUAGCCAGAGUAAGACCCCAUCCUCCACAGCUAAAGCAUAAACGGGACAAGAACAAAGAUGGAAGUGGAGAUAGGAGCGAGAAGGAUACCAGCAAAAUCACAACCUAUCCACCUGGAGCUGUCCGCUUUGAUUGUGAACUCCGAGCAGUACAAGUCAGCUGCGGAUUUCACCAUUCAGUUGUCCUGAUGGAGAACGGCGAUGUUUAUACGUUUGGAUACGGGCAACAUGGGCAGCUGGGACAUGGAGAUGUUAAUUCCAGGGGAUGUCCCACCCUGGUACAGGCAUUGCCUGGACCUAGCACACAAGUUACUGCUGGCAGCAACCAUACAGCGAUUCUGUUAAUGGAUGGGCAAGUCUUCACAUUUGGAAGCUUCUCUAAAGGGCAGCUCGGCAGGCCCAUCUUGGAUAUUCCUUACUGGAACGCAAAGCCAGCCUCCAUGCCUAACAUAGGAUCUAAGUACGGGCGGAAGGCUACCUGGAUUGGGGCCAGCGGCGACCAGACCUUCCUUCGCAUCGAUGAAGCUCUGAUCAACUCUCAUGUGCUCGCUACGUCAGAGAUCUUUGCCAGCAGACACAUAAUAGGCCUGGUACCUUCUUCUAUAUCUGAGCCUCCUCCCUUUAAGUGUCUCUUGAUAAAUAAAGUUGAUGGAAGUUGUAAGACAUUUAACGAUUCUGAACAAGAAGACCUUCAAGGAUUUGGUGUUUGUUUAGAUCCUGUUUACGAUGUUGUUUGGAGGUUUCGACCAAACACAAGAGAGCUGUGGAGUUACAAUGCAGUCGGGGCCGAUUCCAGACUUCCCUCUGCUCCAGACAUGCAGUUACGUUGUAGUAUCCUGAGUCCAGAACUUGCUCUUCCUACGGGGUCCAAAGCUCUUACAACAAGAUCGCACGCAGCUUUGCACAUUCUAGGUUGCCUUGAUACGUUGGCUGCUAUGCAGGAUUUAAAAAUGGGAGUUGCAAAUACAGAAGAAGAAACUCAAGCUGUGAUGAAAGUAUAUUCCAAAGAAGACUACAGUAUUGUCAACAGAUUUGAAAGUCAUGGUGGAGGCUGGGGCUAUUCAGCUCACUCAGUGGAAGCCAUCCGCUUCUGUGCUGACACUGACAUUUUGCUUGGUGGUCUUGGACUCUUUGGGGGUAGAGGUGAAUACACUGCUAAAAUAAAGUUGUUUGAAUUGGGCCCGGAUGGAGGUGAUCAUGAGACGGAUGGUGACCUUCUUGCAGAAACCGAUGUCUUGGCUUACGAUUGUGCUGCAAGGGAAAAAUAUGCAAUGAUGUUUGAUGAACCUGUUUUGUUGCAAGCUGGCUGGUGGUAUGUCGCUUGGGCACGAGUAUCCGGCCCCAGCAGUGACUGUGGUUCCCAUGGACAAGCCUCUAUUACGACAGAUGAUGGGGUUGUCUUUCAAUUUAAGAGUUCCAAGAAAUCAAAUAAUGGUACAGAUGUUAAUGCAGGGCAGAUUCCGCAGUUACUCUACAGGCUGCCAACAAGCGAUGGCAAUGCAUCAAAAGGGAAGCAGCAAACCAGUGAGCCUGUGCACAUUUUAAAGCGAUCUUUUGCAAGAACUGUCUCAGUGGAGUGCUUUGAAUCAUUACUGAGCAUCCUUCACUGGAGCUGGACAACACUAGUGCUGGGAGUAGAAGAACUUCGCGGCUUGAAAGGUUUCCAAUAUACAGCCACGCUUUUGGACUUGGAAAGGCUGCGGUUUGUCGGAACUUGUUGCUUAAGGCUGCUGCGAGUCUACACGUGUGAGAUAUACCCAGUGUCAGCUACAACCAAAGCUGUCGUCGAGGAAACUAGCAAGCUGGCGGACUGCAUCGGGAAGACCAGGACUUUGCUCAGAAAAAUCUUGUCCGAGGGAGUCGAUCACUGUAUGAUAAAACUGGAUAAUGACCCCCAAGGGUAUCUCACGCAGCCUUUGAGCCUUCUGGAAGCUGUUCUUCAGGAGUGUCAUAACACUUUUACAGCCUGCUUCCACUCUUUCUAUCCAACUCCAGCUCUGCAGUGGGCGUGCCUUUGUGAUUUGCUAAAUUGUUUAGAUCAGGAUAUCCAGGAAGCAAACUUUAAGACUUCCAGCAGCAGACUCCUCGCUGCUGUGAUGUCAGCCCUGUGCCAUACCUCUGUGAAACUGACCUCCAUCUUCCCUAUCGCUUAUGAUGGUGAGGUCUUACUGCGCUCCAUGGUGAAACAGGUUAGCACGGAGAAUGACUCUGCUCUGGCCCAUCGCUUCCCUCUGCUGGUUGCACACAUGGAGAAACUUAGUCAGAGCGAGGAAAAUAUUUCAGGCAUGACAAGCUUUCGAGAAGUUCUGGAGAAGAUGCUGGUUAUUGUGGUGUUACCGGUGCGAAACAGCCUCAGACGUGAAAAUGAACUUUUUUCUGCACAUUUGGUUUCUAAUACCUGUGGACUACUUGCAAGUAUUGUGAGCGAACUUACUGCUUCUGCAAUGGGAUCUGAGGCUGAUGGGCUUAACUCCCUGCAUUCUGUGAAGUCCAGCCCAAACCGCUUCACUAAAACGAGCCAAGGAAGAAGCUGGAAUACCGGGAACGGGUCCCCUGAUGCCAUCUGCUUCUCUGUGGAUAAACCUGGCGUCAUCGUUGUGGGGUUCUCUGUCUAUGGAGGAGGAGGAAUCCACGAAUAUGAACUAGAAGUGCUCGUGGAUGAUAGUGACCAUACGGGAGAUUCAACUCACUCUCAUAGGUGGACGUCCUUGGAGUUGGUUAAAGGGACGUAUACCACUGACGAUUCUCUGAGCGAUAUUGCAGAAAUCAAACUUGACAAAGUUGUGACCCUGAAGGAAAAUGUGAAAUACGCUGUCCGUUUGAGGAACUACGGAAGCCGCACAGCCAAUGGAGAUGGAGGAAUGACCACUGUCCAGUGCCCAGAUGGCGUGGCGUUUACUUUCAGUACAUGUAGUCUGAGCAGCAAUGGCACAAAUCAGACACGGGGCCAGAUUCCACAGAUUCUCUACUACAGAAGCGAGUAUGAUGGUGAUCUCCAAUCACAGCUCUUAAGUAAAGCCAAUGAAGAAGAUAAAAAUUGCAGCAGAGCACUUUCUGUCGUGGGGGCCGUGGUGCGAGCUGCUAAAGAUCUUUUGCACAGGGCCCUUGCCGUAGAUGCCGAAGACAUUCCGGAGCUGCUCAGCUCUUCCAGUCUCUUUUCUAUGCUCCUUCCUCUUAUAAUAGCAUAUAUAGGACCCGUGGCUGCAGCAAUUCCCAAGGUUGCAGUUGAGGUCUUUGGCCUUGUUCAGCAGUUGCUUCCUUCUGUAGCAGUUCUGAAUCAGAAAUAUGCCCCUCCUGCCUUCAACCCUAAUCAGUCUACAGACAGUACCACAGGAAACCAGCCAGAACAAGGGCUCUCUGCUUGCACUACCUCUAACCACUAUGCUGUCAUUGAAUGUGAACAUCCCUACAAACCAGCUUGUAUUACCCACUACAAGGUGACUUUUCCAGAAUGUGUUAGGUGGAUGACAAUAGAGUUUGACCCUCAGUGUGGAACAGCUCAGUCAGAAGAUGUUCUUCGUUUGCUCAUUCCUGCCCGAAUUCUCCUGAACUCAGGAUUUGGACCAAAGCAGACUUCUGUCCAUGAAAACCUUAACUCUUGGAUAGAACUGAAGAAGUUCUCAGGCUCAUCUGGAUGGCCUACUAUGGUCUUAGUGCUGCCUGGUAAUGAAGCACUCUUCUCGCUUGAAACUGCAUCGGACUACGUGAAAGAUGAGAAGGCUACUUUCUAUGGUUUCAAAUGCUUUGCUAUUGGUUAUGAAUUUAGUCCAGGACCUGAUGAAGGUAUCAUUCAACUUGAGAAAGAGCUGGCCAAUCUCGGAGGAGCAUGUGCUGCAGCUUUGAUGAAAAAAGACCUGGCGCUUCCCAUUGGCAACGAAUUUGAAGAAGAUCUCGAGAUACUUGAAGAGGCCGCUCUGCAGGUUUGUAAAUCACACUGUGGCAUCCUGGGAAAAGGUUUAGCACUGUCACAUUCACCAACUAUCCUGGAGGCACUUGAAGGAACUCUCCCGCUGCAAGUACAAAGCAACGAACAGUCAUUUUUGGAAGAUUUUAUUUCCUGUGUACCAGGAUCAAGUGGUGGACGACUCGCAAGGUGGCUUCAGCCAGAUUCCUAUGCAGAUCCCCAGAAAACAUCCUUGAUUCUGAACAAAGAUGAUAUUCGGUGUGGUUGGCCAACUGUGAUUACGGUGCAGACCAAAGACCAGUAUGGUGAUGUUGUUCAUGUGCCCAAUAUGAAGGUGGAAGUCAAGGCAAUUCCUGUUUCCCAGAAGAAAACUUCCUUGCAGCAAGAACAGGCAAAAAAACUCCAACGGAUACCAGGCAGUCCCGCAGGUGCUGCUGCUGUUGCCUGCACUGAUCUGACAUUUGGAGGACUUCCUUCUCCCAAAUUGGAUGCUUCCUAUGAACCGAUGAUAGUCAAAGAAGCCCGUUACAUAGCGAUUACAAUGAUGAAGGUAUAUGAAAAUUAUUCAUUUGAAGAAUUACGCUUUGCUUCACCAACACCUAAAAGACCAAGUGAAAACAUGUUAAUAAGAGUUAACAAUGAUGGUACUUAUUGUGCUAACUGGACUCCUGGAGCAGUUGGUCUCUACACCAUUCAUGUUACGAUUGAUGGCAUUGAAAUAGAUGCAGGACUAGAAGUCAAAGUAAAAGACCCCCCAAAAGGAAUGAUACCUCCAGGAACUCAGUUGGUUAAACCAAAAACAGAACCCUUACCAAACAAGGUUCGCAAAUUUGUGGCCAAGGACAGUGCAGGGCUGCGUAUCCGCAGCCACCCUUCCCUUCAGAGUGAGCAGAUAGGCAUAGUAAAAGUCAAUGGAUCCAUUACUUUUAUUGAUGAGAUCCACAAUGAUGAUGGUGUAUGGCUGCGGCUGAAUGAUGAGACAAUAAGGAAGUAUGUCCCUAAUAUGAAUGGCUACACCGAAGCCUGGUGUCUGUCUUUUAAUCAGCAUCUUGGCAAGAGCCUUCUGGUCCCUGUUGAUGAGUCUAGAUCUAAUGCAGAUGACUUUUUCAAAGACCUAAACUCACACUGCCCUCAGGAAGCGGUAAUGCAGGAGCCACCAGAUAUGCCGUUCCUUCGUGGUGGGCCUGGAGUGUAUAAGGUAGUGAAGACUGGCCCCUCAGGUCACAACGUCAGAAGCUGUCCCAACCUUAGAGGUAUCCCAAUUGGAAUGUUAGUUCUGGGAAACAAAGUCAAGGCAGUGGGCGAGGUGACUAAUUCUGAAGGGACGUGGGUCCAGAUGGAUAAGAACAGCAUGGUAGAGUUCUGUGAAAGUGAUGAAGGUGAAGCAUGGUCCUUAGCUAGAGACAGAGGAGGAAACCAAUAUCUCCGGCACGAAGAUGAGCAAGUUCUUCUAGAUCAAAACGGCCAGACUCCUCCACCAAGCCCUUUCUCACUGCAAACUUUCAGUAAGGGAACUGUGUGUAGUAAUGGGCAAGGAUUUGAUUAUGGCCUUGGAAAUAACAAAGGUGACAGAGUGAAUUUUACUGCAGCUGCUAGACCGGUUUCCCCGGCAGGGAAAUCAGACAUGGCGUCCAAAUACAGAGCGGAUAGCAGGUCACUUAAAACCGAUGGGCGCAUGAUUCACAGUGUCGGAGACCAGAAAAAGGCCAGGAAUACGGAGGGCUUAUCCGCUAGCGAAUCUCUGAUGCUGAAAUCUGAUACUGGAAAGCUGAGGUCAGACUCCCACAGCAGGUCACUGUCUCCGAAUCAUAACACUUUGCAAACUUUGAAAACGGAUGGAAGGACAACGUCUGGCUUGAGAGCGGAAUCUCCGGGGCCAGGUAACCGAUCAUCUUCACCCAAGACUUUCCCAGCAGGUAAAUCCUGCACAUCUGGCGCCGGUUCUCGCCGGUCAUCUUCUCCCCACGAUAAGACUCAGAAACCCCCUGCCCCUGUGAAAACAAAAAUGGACCCUCCUCGGGAGAGAUCUAAAUCAGACUCUUAUACGUUGGACCCAGAUAGCCUUCGCAAAAAGAAAGUGCCCCUAACGGAACCAAUAAGGGGAAGGUCCACUUCUCCAAAACCAAAAAUUAUGUUAAAAGAUGGGAAACCUGUGUCUGAAACAGACAACAGAGCCCCUUCUCCUCACGUGGUACAAGAAAACCUUCACAGCGAAGUGGUUGAAGUCUGCACUUCAAGUACCUUAAAGACCAACAGCAUUACGGACAGCACCUGCGAAGAUAACUCUGAGUUCAAAACUGUGGAUGAUGGCUCCAAUAAAGUUCAUUUCAGCAUAGGGAAAGCCCCACUGAAAGAUGAGCAAGACAUGAGAGCAUCUCCAAAAGUGAGCCGCAAAUGUGCAAGCCGACACACGAGACCCAAAAAGGAGAAGUCUGUCUGCCUUUUCAAAGGCGACGGCACCAGACCCGUAGAACCCGCCAAGCAAGCCAUGUCGCCCUCUGUGGCAGAAUGCGCCAGGGCUGUCUUUGCCUCUUUCCUGUGGCACGAAGGGAUAGUGCACGACGCCAUGGCCUGCUCUUCUUUUUUGAAAUUCAACCCUGAGCUCUCUAAGGAGCACGCACCAAUCAGAUGCAACCUGGGCCAGCAGCCGGUAGAAGAAAAAGAAACCAAGCUGAAAAACAGACAUUCCCUGGAAAUAUCUUCUGCUCUUAAUAUGUUCAAUAUAGCCCCUCACGGGCCUGACAUAUCGAAAAUGGGUAGCAUAAAUAAAAACAAGGUCCUCUCCAUGCUUAAAGAGCCCCCUCUGCACGAGCGAUGCGAGGAUGGAAAGAACGAAAGUGCCUCUUAUGAAACUUCUAGCCACCAUGCCAUGAAAUCCAAGUCUCCUCUUCCUUUGACACUGCAGCACCUGGUAGCCUUCUGGGAGGACAUUUCUCUGGCGACCAUCAAGGCGGCUUCGCAGAACAUGAUUUUCCCAAGCCCCGGGUCCUGCGCGGUGUUGAAGAAAAAAGAAAGCGACAAAGACAACAAGAAGUCCAAAAAGGAGAAGAAGAAGAAAGAAAAAGCGGAAGCCAGACCGAGAGGAAACCUCUUUGGUGAAAUGGCCCAGCUUGCAGUAGGGGGACCAGAGAAAGAUACCAUCUGCGAGCUGUGUGGAGAAUCCCACCCGUAUCCAGUGACCUAUCACAUGAGACAAGCUCAUCCAGGGUGUGGCCGGUAUGCAGGUGGACAAGGCUAUAACAGCAUUGGACACUUCUGCGGUGGAUGGGCUGGCAAUUGCGGCGACGGUGGGAUUGGAGGAAGCACAUGGUACCUAGUCUGCGAUCGGUGCAGAGAGAAAUAUCUACGUGAGAAGCAGGCGGCAGCAAGAGAAAAGGUCAAGCAGUCUAGGAGGAAGCCUAUGCAAGUGAAGACGCCUCGUGCCUUGCCGACCAUGGAAGCUCACCAAGUGAUCAAAGCAAAUGCGCUGUUCUUGCUGGCGUUGAGCAGUGCUGCUGAGCCCAGCAUCUUGUGCUACCACCCUUCCAAGCCAUUCCAGUCCCAGCUCCCCAGCGUCAAGGAAGGCAUCUCAGAGGACUUCCCUGUUAAAAUGACCUGUCUCUAUCUCCAGACUUUAGCCAGGCAUCAUCAUGAGAACUUUGUUGGCUAUCCAGAUGACAACCUUUUUCAGGAUGAGAUGAGAUACUUGCGCUCGACUUCAGUGCCUGCCCCUUAUAUAUCAGUGACUCCUGAUGCCAGCCCUAAUGUUUUCGAGGAGCCAGAAAGCAACAUGAAAUCCAUGCCCCCAAGUUUAGAGACUAGCCCCAUCACAGAUACGGAUCUCGCAAAACGCACAGUUUUCCAAAGGUCAUACUCAGUCGUCGCCUCAGAAUAUGACAAGCAGCACUCCAUUCUUCCUGCACGGGUGAAGGCUAUCCCCAGGAGGAGAGUGAACAGUGGAGAUGCCGAAGUGGGGUCCUCUCUCCUGAGACAUCCGUCUCCUGAACUUUCUCGGUUAAUCUCCGCCCACAGCUCUCUUUCCAAAGGAGAGAGAAAUUUCCAGUGGCCUGUUUUGGCAUUUGUAAUCCAGCAUCAUGACUUGGAGGGACUGGAAAUUGCAAUGAAGCAAGCUUUAAGGAAAUCAGCAUGCCGGGUCUUUGCUAUGGAGGCUUUUAAUUGGCUUCUCUGUAAUGUCAUUCAGACGACAUCUCUCCAUGAUAUUCUGUGGCAUUUUGUGGCUUCCCUGACUCCCGCUCCAGUGGAGCCAGAGGAAGAGGAGGAUGAGGAGAACAAGGCGAAUAAGGAAAACGCAGAGCAAGAAAAGGACACAAGAGUCUGUGAACAUCCACUGUCGGACAUAGUGAUUGCCGGUGAAGCAGCUCAUCCUUUACCCCACACUUUCCACCGCCUGCUCCAGACUAUCUCCGACCUCAUGAUGUCCCUUCCCAGUGGAAGUUCAUUGCAGCAGAUGGCUCUGAGGUGCUGGAGCCUCAAAUUCAAGCAGUCAGACCACCAGUUCCUGCACCAGAGCAAUGUCUUCCACCACAUCAACAACAUCUUGUCCAAAUCUGAUGAUGGAGAUAGCGAAGAGAGCUUUAGCAUCAGCAUACAGUCAGGGUUUGAAGUUAUGAAUCAGGAAUCAUGUAUAGUGAUUUGUUUAAAAGACCUGACCAGCAUCGUUGAUAUUAAAACAUCAAGCCGGCCUGCCAUGAUUGGCAGCUUGACAGAUGGGUCAACCGAAACCUUCUGGGAAUCAGGGGAUGAAGAUAAAAACAAGACUAAAAAUAUCACAAUUAACUGCGUCAAAGGAAUCAAUGCCCGUUAUGUGUCUGUUCAUGUCGACAACUCACGAGAUCUUGGGAACAAAGUUACUUCAAUGACUUUUUUAACUGGCAAAGCAGUAGAAGAUCUUUGCAGAAUAAAACAGGUUGACUUGGAUUCAAGGCACAUUGGCUGGGUAACCAGUGAACUUCCUGGAGGUGAUAACCACAUCAUCAAAAUCGAAUUGAAAGGCCCAGAGAACACUCUCAGAGUUAGGCAAGUGAAAGUGCUGGGAUGGAAGGAUGGAGAAAGCAUCAAAAUCGCUGGCCAGAUCUCAGCCAGCGUAGCUCAGCAAAGGAACUGUGAAGCUGAAACAUUGCGAGUCUUCAGACUCAUUACAUCUCAGGUAUUUGGAAAACUCAUAUCUGGAGAUGCGGAGCCCACCCCAGAACAAGAAGAGAAAGCGUUGCUCUCUUCACCAGAAGGAGAAGAAAAAGUACACAAUGCAACUUCAGAUGCGGAUCUGAAAGAGCACAUGGUUGGGAUCAUAUUCAGCAGAAGUAAACUGACAAAUUUGCAAAAGCAGGUCUGUGCUCAUAUUGUACAGGCCAUCCGAAUGGAAGCAACACGAGUACGUGAAGAAUGGGAGCAUGCAAUUUCUAGCAAAGAGAAUGCAAAUUCUCAGCCCAAUGAUGAAGAUGCAUCGUCUGACGCCUACUGUUUCGAGCUGUUGUCUAUGGUGCUGGCACUGAGUGGCUCCAAUGUAGGGCGUCAGUACUUGGCCCAGCAACUCACUUUGCUUCAAGAUCUCUUCUCACUGCUGCAUACCGCUUCUCCCAGGGUGCAAAGGCAGGUUACAUCCUUGCUGAGGCGUGUGCUGCCGGAGGUCACCCCUAGUCGCUUGGCUAGUAUCAUAGGGGUCAAGUCCCUACCCCCAGCAGACAUAAGCGAUAUCAUUCAUUCAACUGAGAAGGGAGAUUGGAAUAAACUGGGGAUCUUGGACAUGUUCCUGGGAUGCAUUGCCAAAGCACUUACUGUACAGCUCAAGGCCAAAGGAACCACCAUAACUGGUACAGCAGGCACUGCUGCUGGCAAAGGGGUUACUACAGUCACAUUGCCAAUGGUUUUCAACUCCAGCUAUAUUAGGCGAGGCGAAAGCCAUUGGUGGAUGAAGGGCUCAACUCCAACACAGAUUUCGGAGAUCAUUAUCAAGCUCAUUAAAGACAUGGCAGCAGGUCACUUGUCUGAAGCUUGGUCCCGUGUAACAAAAAAUGCUAUUGCUGAAACAAUCAUUGCUUUGACCAAAAUGGAAGAAGAGUACAGGUGUCCCGUGAGAUGCAUUGCAACAACUCGGCUCUGGCUGGCUCUUGCUUCUCUUUGCGUGCUUGACCAGGACCAUGUAGAUAGGCUCUCCUCUGGAAGAUGGAUGGGAAAGGAUGGACAACAAAAACAAAUGCCUAUGUGUGAUAACCACGAUGAUGGGGAAACUGCUGCUAUCAUCCUGUGUAACGUCUGUGGAAAUCUGUGUACGGACUGUGAUCGAUUCCUGCAUCUCCAUCGACGUACAAAGUCACACCAAAGACAGGUGUUCAAGGAGGAGGAGGAAGCUAUCAAGGUUGAUCUUCAUGAAGGCUGUGGCAGAACCAAACUGUUUUGGCUGAUGGCAUUGGCGGAUUCAAAAACCAUGAAGGCGAUGGUGGAGUUCAGAGAACAAACAGGCAAACCUACCACAAGCAGUUCCGAAGCAUGUCGUUUCUGUGGCUGCAGAAAUGGAACAGAAUUAUCAGCAGUGGGCAGUGUCUGUUCCGAUGCCGAUUGCCAGGAAUACGCAAAGAUAGCUUGCAGCAAGACUCACCCUUGUGGCCAUCCCUGCGGAGGUGUCAAGAACGAGGAGCAUUGCUUGCCCUGCCUGCACGGCUGUGACAAGAGCGCCACCACUCUGAAGCAAGAUGCAGACGACAUGUGCAUGAUUUGUUUCACGGAAGCGCUUUCAGCCGCACCAGCUAUCCAGUUGGACUGCAGUCAUAUAUUCCACUUGCAGUGCUGUUGCCGAGUUCUCGAAAACAAAUGGCUCGGACCACGGAUAACAUUUGGGUUCAUGUUGUGUCCAAUUUGCAAGAACAAAAUUAAUCAUACAGUAUUAAAGGACUUGCUCGAUCCCAUCAAAGAGCUUUAUGAAGAUGUAAAGAGGAAAGCUUUGAUGAGAUUGGAAUACGAGGGGCUGCACAAGAGCGAGGCCAUCACAACACCGGGCGUUCGGUUUUAUAAUGACCCUGCUGGAUACGCCAUGAACAGAUACGCUUAUUACGUUUGUUACAAGUGCAAAAAGGCUUAUUUCGGUGGAGAAGCACGUUGCGAUGCUGAGGCGGGCCAGGGAGACGACUAUGAUCCCAGGGAACUCAUUUGUGGUGCCUGCUCGGAUGUUUCCAGGGCUCAGAUGUGCCCUAAACAUGGUACAGAUUUUCUAGAGUACAAAUGCCGCUAUUGCUGCUCUGUGGCUGUGUUUUUCUGCUUUGGGACGACACAUUUUUGCAACGCUUGCCACGAUGACUUCCAAAGAAUGACGAGCAUAACUAAAGAAGAACUUCCACAUUGUCCUGCAGGCCCCAAAGGCAAGCAGCUUGAAGGAACCGAAUGUCCCCUUCACGUCGUCCACCCCCCCACCGGUGAGGAGUUUGCACUAGGUUGCGGAGUCUGCAGAAACGCGCAUACGUUUUAAUUUGGCCCAAAGGAAACGACGGCUGUUGUCCAGUAAAGCGUCCUCAGAGCUGAAUAUAAACCUCAGCUUGAAACGAGGAGAUGGGACCAUUCCACAAACCAGGGGAAAGGAACAGUCUGCAGCACGAGAAAGGAUGCCAAGCGCCACCUGCAUUGUCCUUUGCUGUGAGGCAGUUGACAUUUUUGACCCGAGACAUCAAGCCUUGUGAGGUGUUUGCAUGUGGCCGUUACGCUCAUCAGCUACCAAAAAAAAAAAGCAUUGGACACUGACAAAUAACUACAUUGCUGUCAAAGAAGCAUUCGGAGGCUCUCUGUUUUCCCCGUGGACUCCAAAUUGAUGCUGGAUAUCAGACGAAGGGAAAAAAAGUUAAUUAUUGUAUACUGACUUUUUUUUUUUGUACUCCUGUACAAUUGUACUGCAUCACGGGUAGGGAUGGAGAAGAGGAAUACUCCGGUUUAUUUCUUAGACUGUUAUUAAAAAAAAAGACAAGUGUUAGAAAGGCAUAAAUGUAACCAGUAUCACACUGUAUAUAAAGAUAUCAAUGUUUGUCCUGUAUAAGACUUACUAAAUUGCAAAGCAGCCGUUGCAUUUACACUUCUCUGGGUUUAUGUUUGAGCCUGAAAUUUUAAUGAAGUGCAAUACUGAGUGUGCCUCAUAUCUCUUGCAGCUGUAAACAUGAUGGAAUGUACAUGUCAAUAAAGCCGCUGUACAUUUUUAUACAGUGAAAGUCUAACAA